AUAUCCACAAAACACCACAAAACUAACAAGAAUUUCUAUUUUUCUCCACCAUGAAUAUCCUCAAACUUCAUCAUCACCAACACAACCAUUAUUACCAUAACAAAUUCUCUUCAAUUACUGAAAAUUCAUCAUCUUUCUCACCACCCCACUUUCUCUUUUUUCAUACCAACAAACCAAAAAAAAAUUCUUUAUCUCUUCAUUAUUCUCUUGAAAAUUCUAAGCAAAAAAAUGUGAGAGACUCAACUGUAAAAACCCAAACUUGGAGUACCAAAGAGGAAGAUUCAGAAGAAUAUGAGUACUUAGCAGCAGAUGGGGUUGUUUAUAAGGAUACUUUGAGAUUAGUAGAGAGUGCUAUGUUUGCUGCUGUCUCAGGUUUAGCUUAUUUGUUAAGCAAUUCUCUUGCUAUUGAGAAUUACUUCGGAUGUUUCUUCGCAUUGCCAAUUGUUAUAUCCUCGAUGAGAUGGGGCGUUGCAGCUGGCAGAAAAACCAUGGUGGCAACUGUUGUGCUAUUGUUUGUCUUGUCUGGCCCAGUGAAAGCAUUAAAUUAUAUGUUAAUGCAUGGUUUACUUGGCUUCACGAUGGGUUCCUUGUGGAGGGUGAGAACAAGUUGGGGUGCCUCAAUCUUCUUGUGCGCUCUUGCUCGAGCUGUGGGUGCUCUCGGAUAUGUUGUAUUAACCUCAUUUUUAAUAGGAGAAAACAUCCUUGCUCUGAUCACCGUAAAUAUUCAUGCUACUCUCUCGUACAUCCUCACUUCGUUAGGCAGUCAGAUUGUUCCAUCUAUGAAUUUUAUAUAUACCUUAUUCGGGACUCUGCUUUUGAUAAAUUGUGCGUUCUUCGUGUCCUUGCUGCAUCUUCUCUACGCCAUUUUUCUAACCAAAUUCGGCAUGAAAGCUAAUUUGAGACUGCCAAGGUGGUUAGCCGUAGCAAUAUAAACCGGUAAAAAGAGCACUCUCAUUCUAGACAUGGUAGAAAUGGGACUUUGCUCAGAUACUACACCACCGCGAUGGUUAAUACAAAAUUACUUUGAUCAUCAUUGAUACAAGAUUGACAAUGUGGAUUACCAAUCAAGUUCAUUUAUAUUGUUUCAAGGAAUACAUGGUCAGCCACAAAAAUUUAAUUGUUCAGUUUACUUGUAAAUGUAUUUGUAAUACAUUUUGGACAGUAUCUACUGCAUUGAAAUUUCCAUCUGGUGGAAGAUAAUAUUCUUUUGUGUA